ACGAAUCAUAAAGCGCACACAAAUCGCGCACGCUGCUGAUGAUUAAAGGCAAGAAAGACGGAAGGUCUGCUCCUCUUUCCUCGGUAUCGGAGAGAGAGGGAGGAAAACACAAUGGCCGCCUCUUCUGCUCUCAGACUGAUUCUCGGCUCCUCGUCGGCGUCGCGCCGCCAGAUUCUGGCCGAGAUGGGGUACCAGUUCAAAUUACUUAGCGCGGACAUUGACGAGAAGGAGAUCAGGAAGGAGAAGCCAGAGGAGCUGGUGGUCGCCUUGGCUCACGCGAAAGCAGAUGCAAUAUUGGAUAAGAUGCGGAACAAUGGGAUGAUGAAAGAGAUUGUUGACUCUCAAGAGACUACCUUAUUGAUCACUGCUGACCAAGUUGUGAUUCAUGAUGGAGUUAUUCGAGAAAAACCUACCACUCCAGAGGAGGCACGUAAAUUCAUCCAAGGAUAUUCCCAAAGCCAUGCUGCGACAAUUGGAUCUGUGCUUGUUACAAAUGUGAAGACCGGAACUAGAAGGGAAGGAUGGGAUAAAUCUGAAGUUUAUUUCCACAAGAUACCCAAUGAAGUUGUUGAGAGCUUGAUUGAGGAGGGCAAUGUCUUCUACGUUGCUGGAGGCCUUCUAGUAGAGCAUCCACUGACUUCACCUCUCGUGGAAGCCAUUGUCGGUACAAUUGAUAGCGUAAUGGGGCUUCCUAAAGCUCUCACGGAGCAGCUCAUCAAGGAUUCCCUCCAAGAGCCGUAGCUGCAAAUUUCUGAACUAAGCUGGCUGGCGACGGGAGAUCUCUUGUUGGAAAAUCACUAUUCUUGUGCUGAACAAAACUAAACACUCAUCCUUUCUGGCAAAUGGAGAUUGGAGUGGACCCUAAUCAGCUUGGUCAGCCUCGCUAUACCAACUUUAAUAGGCUGAAUUUUAGCAUUCACUGAAUUCCUCUUGGUGGCUAAGUGAACUGGGUAGUAGCCAGUAACAUUUUUGGAGACCUUUCUGUGACCAACACGGCAUCAAUGGGCUUCAUUCUUCCAUGUGAUGUUAUGGGUCUGACGGACCAAACAUAUGUACGUCAUCUGUUCUACCGCAUGCUAUCAGGAGAUCAGCGGGUUGCGAAUUGUUUUGGGCUAUGACUUUAUAUUCUGAAAAGGAGGAUAGGCCCAACUUUUCUGGGGGAGAAUUUUAUUUCUCCUGGCCUUCGCACCAAGCAACUAGGUUUAAAUCUUGGUUGAUGGAGCAGCGCACACCUUCUUUCACUGCGUUCCAAGCUUGGGCUCCAUGAAAUAAAUGUGGAAAAAACCCUGUGUAGCAGCGGUCAAUCCUGGCUUAUGGGGUUCUAUCUGCUUGAUCUAUGAAUAGUCCAUGCUAAUCUUCGAACCUGCGUGUGUUUGGUCUGGUCUUGUUCCUUUCAUCUUAACAUGCUACAGCGUGUGCAUCUGGUAGAGGUUGCCGAGUCUGUUUGACUGACAGUUUUUUUUUUGGGAGUAAGACAGGUUGUUGAGUCUGACGACAUUACUGAUGAUAAGUGGCACGAAAAUGCAAAGUUGAGACACUUAUUUUGUGAUGGAGGGAAUAUCUAGUAUCGUAGUAAUACCCUGGAUAUUUUUUUUCACUUCUAGUGUUCUUUGUACUACCUUGACAGUUGAUGAGUAGACUGAAAGUUUUCCCGCAGAAAUAGUAAUACUACUCCCUCCGAUCCAAAAUAAGUGUCUGCAUUUCUAUUAUAGUGUAUAUUUUGAUACAGAGGGAGUACUAUAAAUCACUCACAAACUCAAAACGGAGCUCUUUCUUUUUUAGGUAAAACUCAAAACAGAGCUGGGGAAGUAAGAAAAGGCAGUUCUCUGUGUAAACAGCUGACUGGGCUGCGAAUCCGGCCCUGGAGCAACCAGCGCCACUCCGUCCGCCGUCGACGGCUACGGGUUGAAUUACCCUUUUACCACGAGCCUGCACCGCGCCGUCCCGUUGGUGGUUCGGUUCAACGCACUACAAGAGUUUAGAGCAGAGCGACACGAGCGCGCAGAUGGGCGAGCGGAGUCUGGCCCUGAGCGGAGCGGAGAUUGCGGUCGCCGGCGAAGCCGAGAAGCUCCAGUCGCGGCGUCCUUAUCCGCAGCGCGGGUGGCCGCUGGCCGGCGGAGGUCCAGUAGUCCAGUAUCCCAAGUUGCUGCACUCGCUAGGUGUUCUGCUUCCAAGUGAGGUACUGUGAUCAAUUAUAUGAAUGUGCCAAUAUUGCCAGCCUUUUUUGCAGCAGCAGCAGAUUUGCAGCUUUUUUGGUGUGUUUGGUGGCAAUUAUCAGGGUCACUAACUCCUAUGGUGCUAGGAUGGGGCCAAAGGACAUAUUGCUAAGCUGCUAGUUCGUGGAAGCUUUUGAAAUAUCCAGUAAGUAGGUGGCUGCUGAUUUCCCUGUGCUCGUCCAUAUCUGGCUCUAUGCUGCAUCUCCUUAGCUAUAUUCUAGUUGGCUAGAGGUUUUCCUGUAUCCUUUGUAGAUGCAUCGCAAAAAGAGUUCCAUGUUAUUGAUUUCUGUGCUAUCAUGGAGGAAAUGUUUGUAGGUCUUCUUUGUAACUGUUUGCUGAAACCCUGUAACUGAUUAUUUAUUUUCCAACUUUCUAUACUGUGAAUCUUUUCA